AUGCGCCCUUCGCUAUUGACAAAGGUACCAGCAUGUCAAUAUGCCUCGCAAACACCAGAAGAAAUGGAGCCAGCGCCACUGCAUACCUUUCGGACCAAUUGCGAAAGCGAGUUUAGGCACUGGCUCCAGGAAGCACUUCCACAAUCUUUGGCUUUUUUUUUCAUAUUCGACGAGGGAGAUUUCAUAAAGGUAUGCAACACCACGUUGCCCGACUUGUUGGAAAGCUAUUUGAAAUGUUCCUUGAAUGGAACGGAAUCAACAGGAAAGAAUAUUACCCUCUUGAUGGGUAGUGACGAGCGAAAUGCAAAGUAUCGUCAACAAGUUUUGGACUUGGUGAACAACAACAGCAAUGCAGCAUUGCCUUCUUUUCCCCACGUUUCGACUCUGGAUGCGGAGGCGAUUGCAAAGGAAUUGAUGGAAGACUUGGUGGCACAAAAGGCCAUGCCGGAAUGGCUAGAGUAUCGAGCAACCACUAUCAAUUGUUUUCUAUUGCUACAAGGAAUUGGCAUCUUGGGAGCCUUUAAUUUCUCUUCGCUUUAUCUUAGCAAGAGACGGAGUGAUUGCCGUCCGUGCAACCAUCUCUUGACGGGCUACCCAGGGCUAUGGAAGUGA